AUGAGAAACGCAGUAAAUCUUCAGCAUCCAGCUCCAUCACCAGAGCCGCACUGGGAGGGGAGCGCAUCCCAUCGAAGAGCAUCUAUUUACAUCCACUCACCGCUUCGGUCAGCCUCCGGGCUUCUGCGCCUCCGCUCCCACGACGACGACACACUUGAACACAGUCAGAGUAAAGAGCAGGGCCAACGUCGACAGCCGCUAUAUAAGUGCCAGUCCGCCCGUAGCUGCAGCCGGCCACCCGUAUUGGAUCACAUCACAUCAUCAAACCCUCCCAGCCUGGCUCACUGCUCGCUGGCGGCCAAGCUGCGCUUUCUCUCUGCGCCAGAGGAUCCCGGAGCGGCGUGGCGCUGUGGAGCUUUCGGCAAGUCGACCAAUCAGAGCUGGGGACGCAAGACGCUGAGCGCGAGGAGGAAACGCAACCAUAAUAAAUCCACCAGUGUUAUUUUUCAACUCAAGUAAUGAAAUCACACAUUAUUGAGUCUCACGUCAUCCAGCAGUCUAAAGAAACAUGAAUGGUGUGCAGUGAUAGGACACCUUUAUCACGGCCAUCUCUCAAACACACAAGACUGUCUGAACACUGAAUCCAAGAAGUCCCAAAACUACUGAUGCCAGAGAUCCUUCAGACCCAGUACUUUGUUUGUUAUGAAGCCAUAGAGUCCUCACCCAUUAUUAUGAAGGCUUAAAGAAGGUACGCAUUCUUCUAGCACCCAAACAAUAUUGGUUUAAGGCAUAUAUUAAAUGUAUAUGGUGUUCACAGUUCCCUCUAAAUAUGGGGUGUGUGUAUUUUUUCUGUCCUUUGGGGAAUUCUGAUUUCAGAUCUGUUUUCUUUUUGUGAUCGCUGCAGCUUCUCUCACUUAGACUGUUUGCAGGUGAGAGGGGACACACCUGAAGUCUGCAGGUAGCAGGGCAUAUGGGCUGAGUGUGAUCAGCAGUCUGGGAGAUGUGUGGCACAUGAGAUGUGAGGAGAGCCAGUUUUGUUGGACUUAUGUUGGACUAAUAUUUCAUUUUUCUUCCUCUGGGGGGGAUAUUUUUGCAAAGCAUUUAAUUAAUUGACAUUUUAUUGUCUUAUUUUGGUGUGGCCGAUUAAAUUUUCUCCUUAUUUUUGAGAAUUCACAUCUUGUUUGAGAUUUUUUCCUUCCACUCACACUACCUACUAUCUGAGAGUUUAACAUUGUUAAAUUGCAGUUGUUUAAAUUCAAUGUGUUAGUACAUUUAACUAUGUUGCAGAUUAUGUAUGAAGCUCAUAGGAAAAUUUUACCAGUCAACAUCCAGAGCCGAUUUGAAAAAAUAAGAGAAAUUUGUUGUAAUUUAAAAGGUGUUAAAAUAUAUUUAAAAAGCCAAGAUUCAGAGCAAAACUGAAGGAGCGCUGUGUUACAGUGAGAGGAAUAAGUUUUUGGGACAAUCUGAACAAAAAAACUAAAGAAGCUCAAUCAAGAUUUAUCUUCAAAAGAAAGUGUCAAAGCCAGAAUGUUGAGUAAAUACAGGGAACGACGUUAAUCUAAGUUGUGAAAAAAAUGUGAAU